AUGGGCCUGAGCCACUCCAGGGCUCACCCAAGGGUGACCAAAGUAGCACCUCUGCAAAACAAAGAGGAAGAGCCUCCUUCAACUUGCCCUGUGGAGGUUGCAUUCAAUCAGCAGCUGGAAGAAAAGAGUUCAUAUUUGUUCACGGGACCGCAGGACCAGAAUAAGGCCUUGGAAGGGCAGCUGCCACCUCUGCGAGAGACCUGGUAUGGAAGGUAUUCUUCAGUGCCCAGGGCCAUGUAUUUUGACAUCCCACUGGAACAGGGAGAAACAAGUAUUAUUAAAAGGCAUCCACCCCGAAGACUUCAAAAGCUUGAACCUGUUGACCUGCCACAAGUAAUUGCUUCUGAGAGGCUCCUGAGCCAGAAAGAAGCCUGGACAGCUCGCAAAGCAAAGCAGGAACUGGAAAAGAAGAUGCAAACUCCAAUGUACACUUCUGGGAAAAGACAAUAUUUACAUAAGAUGCAAAUGCUGGAAAUGAACCGUAGAAAACAAGAGGCCCAAGUGGAGCUGAAGAAAAGUCUUCACAGGGAGGCAAGAAUUAAUAAACAAAAACUGAGGGACCAUAAAGCUGAGAAAAUCCUUCAAAGCAUCCCAAUAAAUGAUGACGGUGACCUGCUAACAUUGUUGCCUGAUGAAACCUUGAACAGAAGUCCACGAAAAUCACAGAAUGCAGAAUUUUUGAAACAUGAGGCAAGGAAUGACUAUUGUCCCCGGAAAAUUGGCAAAAUGGAAACAUGGCUCCGUGAACAAGAGGUCCGGGGACAGCUUCCCUGGGACAGUUCCGGCUCUGACUCUGAUGAGUUGGGGAAAAUUGAGAAGAAACCACGAGCACUGGUGAGGACCAGGACAGAGAGAAUCCCACCUUUUGAUGAGUUUUUUGAUCGAGAAUAA